UGUACCAUCAGCUCCCAGAGACCACAGAGACACAGCUGGCCAAACAGCUGUCUGAACUGCAGAGCCAGGCAAAAUAUAAAGAAGCCGGAAAGAAAGAAGUGAAUAGCUGCCUGUACUCUCUUCUGCCUGAAACUCUGGAGACACAACACGCUAAAGAGUCCACAGAGCUGCUCAGUGAGAUUAAGUACAAGGAGAGCGGGAGGAAGGAGAUGUCCAGCUCCCUCUACUCCACUCUGCCUGAUACUUCAGAAACCAGCUUCGCCAGAGAGAUGACUGACAUGCUGAGCGAGACUAAGUACAAGGAGAAUGGGAUAAAGAGCCUUUCACAGAGUGUCUACAGUCAGCUGCCUGAGACCACUGAGACUCAGUUCGCUAAAACAGUUUCUGAGCUGCAGAGCGAGAUGUUGUACAAAAAGGGAAAGAAAGAAGUGUCCAGCUCUCUGUAUUCGACUCUGCCUGAGACUCUGGAGACGCUGCACGCCAAAGAGGCUUCUGAACUGCAGAGUGAGCUGAAGUACAAGGCGGCUCUGAAGAAAGGUCGUUCCUCCAGCCUGUUCCAUGUGCUGCCCGAGACCUUAGAGACAGCCCACGCUAAGGAAGUAUCCGAGCUUCUCAGCGAGGUGAAGUAUAAAGAGGACGGCAAGAAGGAGAUGAGCAUCAACCUGUACUCUCUGCUACCUGAGACCAUCGACACCCAACACGCUAAAGAGGUGUCAAACCUGCAGAGUGAGGUGAAGUAUAAAGAAGGUCUGAAGCAGAAGAUUCAAAGCAGUUUGUACCAUCAGCUCCCAGAGACCACAGAGACACAGCUGGCCAAACAGCUGUCUGAACUGCAGAGUGAGCUCAAGUACAAGGAGGCGGGUAAGAAAGAGGUGAAUACAAGUCUGUACUCCCUCCUGCCUGUCACCAUGGAGACGCAACACGCUAAGGAAGCUGCAGAGCUGCUCAGUGAGGUCAAAUACAAGGAAGGCGGGAAGAAGGAGAUGUCCACCUCCCUCUACUCCACUCUGUCCGACACGUCAGAGACCAGCUUCGCCAGAGAGAUGACUGACAUGCAGAGCCAGAACAAGUACAAGGAAGAUGGAAGAAGAAGCCUCUCUCAGAGUUUCUACUCUCAGCUACCAGAAACAAAUGAGACUCAGUUUGCUAAAACUGCCUCCGAGCUGCAGAGUGAGAUGAAGUACAAAGAAGCAGGAAAGAAGGGAGCGACGAGCUCUCUGUACUCGACUCUACCCGAGACUCUGGAAACACAGCACGCUAAAGAGGCUUCACAGCUGCAGAGUCAGCUUAAGUACAAGCAGAGUUUAAAGAAAGACGCCUCCAGUCUGUACCACCUGAUGCCGGAAACCAUCGACACUCAGUUUGUCAGACAGCAGACGGAGAUGCUCAGUGAGGUCAAGUACAAAGAAGAUGGUAAGAAAGAGAUGAGCGUCAGCCUGUACUCUCUGCUCCCCAACACCAUCGACACCCAGCAUGCCAAAGAGCUGACAGAGAUGCAGAGUGAGGCAAAAUACAAAGAGGCCGGUAAGAAGCAGACAUCAGCGUCUCUGUAUCAGCAGCUACCUGAAACUCUGGAGACACAACACGCUAAAGAGGCUUCACAACUACAGAGUCAGAUUUUGUAUAAAGAGGCUGUUAAGAAGGAGUUAUCGUGCCCAGUUUACCACCAGCUGCCCGACACUCUGGAGACCCAGUUUGCCCGAGAGCUCACCGACAUGCAGAGCCAAAACAAGUAUAAGGAGGACGGGAUGAAGAGCCUCUCUCAGAGCUUCUACUCUCAGCUGCCAGAAACCGCUGAGACUCGGUUUGCUAAAACCGUUUCUGGGCUGCAGAGCGAGAGAACGUACAAGAAGUCAGGGAGGCGGGAGGCUGGCAGCUGUCUGUACUCUGUGAUGGCAGAAACUCUGGACACCCAACACGCCAAGCAGGCCUCACAGAUUCAGAGCCAGGUGAAGUACAAAGACGACGUGCAGAAGGAGUGCAGUCUGUUUUCCAGCCUUCCUCAAACCCUCCAGACGGAGUUGGCCAAGGAGGUGACGGAGCUCCAGAGCCAGGUGAAAUACAGGGAGGGCUGCAAGAAAGCAGCGUCCUCGUCACUCUACCACCUCCUCCCUGAGACAGCAGAGAUGCUUUUCGCCAAACAGAUGUCAGAGAUCCAGAGCGAGGCAAAGUACAAGAAGGACAAAGAGGAUCUGCCCAACACGUUAUACUCUCUGCUGCCUGAAACUCUGGAGACUCAGUUUGUCAAAGAGAUGGCUGAGACACACAGCGAGGUGAAAUACAAGCAGGCUGGGAAGCAGCAGAAGGCGUCGUCUCUGUUCUCCAAACUGCCCGAAACUAUGGAGACCAAACACGCCAAAGAAGUGACUGAGCUGCAGAGUGAAAAAAAGUACAAAGAUGAAGGGAGGAAGGAGAUGACGUCGUCUCUGUACUCUCAGCUCCCUGAAACCUCAGAGACCCACUUCGCUCGAGAGAUGACUGAGAUACAGAGUGAGAACAAGUAUAAGGAGAGUGGGAAGAAGAGCCAAACCAUCAGUGUUUACUCCCAGCUCCCAGAGACCAACGAAAUCCAGUUUGCCAAAGCUGUAUCUGAAAUGCAGAGUGAGACCAAAUAUAAAGAAGCAGGGAAGAAAGACGCGUCCAGCUCUCUGUACUCGAAGCUGCCUGAGACUCUGGACACUCUGCACGCUAAAGAGGUUUCACAGCUGCAGAGUCAGGUGAAAUACAAGCAGGACGGCAGGAAGGAGGCGAGCGGUUCUCUGUAUCACCAGCUGCCUGAAACCACAGAGACACAGCUGGCUAAAGAGCUGAGAGACAUUUACAGCGAGGUGAAGUAUAAAGAAGGGGGGAAGAAGGACGUCAGAACGAACUUGUACUCGCUCCUCCCUGAGACGGCAGAGACCCAGUUUGCCAAGCAUAUGUCAGAGAUACAGAGCGAGGCAAAGUACAAGAAGGACAAAGAGGAUCUGCCCGACACGUUAUACUCUCUGCUGCCUGAAACUCUGGAGACUCAGUUUGUCAAAGAGAUGGCUGAGACACACAGCGAGGUGAAAUACAAGCAGGCUGGGAAGCAGCAGACGGCGUCGUCUCUUUAUUCCAAACUGGCCGAAACUCUGGAGACCAAACACGCCAAAGAAGUGACUGAGCUGCAGAGUGAAAAAAAGUACAAAGAUGAAGGGAGGAAGGAGAUGACGUCGUCUCUGUACUCUCAGCUCCCUGAAACCUCAGAGACCCACUUCGCUCGAGAGAUGACUGAGAUACAGAGUGAGAACAAGUAUAAGGAGAGUGGGAAGAAGAGCCAAACCAUCAGUGUUUACUCCCAGCUCCCAGAGACCAACGAAAUCCAGUUUGCCAAAGCUGUAUCUGAAAUGCAGAGUGAGACCAAAUAUAAAGAAGCAGGGAAGAAAGACGCGUCCAGCUCUCUGUACUCGAAGCUGCCUGAGACUCUGGACACUCUGCACGCUAAAGAGGUUUCACAGCUGCAGAGUCAGGUGAAAUACAAGCAGGACGGCAGGAAGGAGGCGAGCGGUUCUCUGUAUCACCAGCUGCCUGAAACCACAGAGACACAGCUGGCUAAAGAGCUGAGAGACAUUUACAGCGAGGUGAAGUAUAAAGAAGGGGGGAAGAAGGACGUCAGAACGAACUUGUACUCGCUCCUCCCUGAGACGGCAGAGACCCAGUUUGCCAAGCAUAUGUCAGAGAUACAGAGCGAGGCAAAGUACAAGAAGGACAAAGAGGAUCUGCCCAACACGUUAUACUCUCUGCUGCCUGAAACUCUGGAGACUCAGUUUGUCAAAGAGAUGGCUGAGACACACAGCGAGGUCAAGUACAAGGAAGCAGGGAAGAAAGAAGCCAGCAGUUCUCUGUACCACCAGCUGCCUGAGACUCUGGAGACGCAGCGUGUUAAGGAGGUUACUGAGCUGCAGAGCGAGAACAAAUACAAGCAAAGCGGGAAGAAGUCGAUGUCGUCCAGUUUGUACGCUCAGCUGCCGCAAACGGCUGAGACGCAGCUCGCCGCCAAGAUGUCCGACCUGCAGAGCGAAAGCAAAUACAAGGAGGACGGGAUGAAGAGCCGCUCUCAGAGUUUAUACUCUCAGCUACCAGAAACUGCUGAGACUCAGUUAGCGAAAACUGUCUCAGAGCUGCAGAGCGAGGCCAAGUACAAGGAGGCGAGCAGGAAGGAGGCGAGCAGUUGUCUGUACCACCAGUUGCCUGAAACCCUGGAGACGCUCCAGGCUAAAGAGGCUACUGAGCUGCAGAGUCAGAUGAAGUACAGGGAAGCAGGUAAGAAAGAGCUGAGCACCAACCUGUACUCUCUGCUGCCUGAGACAGAACAGAUGAAGUUUGCUAAAGCCGCCAUGGAGCUUCAGAGUGAGAAUAAAUACAAGCAGAAAGGCAGACAGGAGAUCAGCAGCAGUGUUUUCCACCACAUGCCGGAGACCAAAGAGACCGAGUUCGCCAAGCAGAUCUCUGAUCUUCAGAGUGAGACAAAGUACAAGAAGGACAAAGAGGAUCUGCCCAACACGUUAUACUCUCUGCUGUCUGAAACCCUGGAGACUCAGUUUGCUAGAGAGAUGGCUGAGACACACAGCGAGAGCAAAUACAAGGAGGCGGGUAGGAAGGAGCUGGUUAACAGUCUGUAUUCUCUGCUGCCUGAGACCAAAGACACUCAGCAUGCCAAGGAGCAAACUCAGCUGCACAGCGAGAAAGCUUACAGGAAGGAGGGGAGGAAGGAAGCCGGCUGCAGUCUGUACGCCCAGAUGCCCCAAACCAUCGAGACCGUCUUCGCUAAAGAGCUGACCAAGACGCAGAGUGACAAGCUCUAUAAGGAGAAGUAUAAUCGUGAGAAAGGGAAGUGCAGCUACACCAACAUGAAAGCGCUGCCGGAGGUGGAGCACGCCAUGGAGGUCAACAAGAACCAGAGUGAUGUCGGCUACAGAAAAGGCAGAGAGGAGCUUCAUCACUACAGCACGAUGGCAGACAGACCUGACAUCAUCAACGCCACCAAUGCUGCUAAACUGGCCAGCGACAUCGCUUAUAGGAGUAGCACCAAGCUGCCAAUUUACAGCGACGGCUCUCUUUUGGCCAGAACCGACAUCCAGCACGCCAAGGACGUUUCCAAACUGGCCAGCCAGGUGAAGUAUAAGGAGAGUUUCGACAGACUCUUAAAGGGCCAGAGGCCUCGUUACAACCCACUGGACUGUCUCUCCUUCAAACACACUCAAGCUGCUGCUGCUCUGGCCAGUCAGGUGAAAUACAAGACCAACCAGAACCAGAAACCAGAAGGUUCUUCAGACCUGCCGAACCUCCUGCAGCUGGAACACGUUCUGCACGCCAGCAAGCUGCAGAGUAAUGUGGAGUAUAAGAAGAAGUACGAGCAGACGAAGGCUCAGUACCACGUCCCUCUGGACACGGCUGAACAGCUCCACCACAAGGAGAACGCGGUGCUGCACAGCCAGGUGAAGUACAGAGAGGAGUAUGAGAAGAACAAAGGUCGCUCUCAGAUGGAGUUUGGAGACACUCAGACGUACAAAGUGUCUAAAGAAGCGCAGAAGAUGCAAAGCGAGAAAGAGUAUCGGAGGGACUACGAGGAGCAGAUGAAGGGCAAAGCAAUGACUGAUGUAGACCAAACACCUGGAUACCUGACAGCCUGCCAUGCUAGCAGCCUGCUGAGCGAGAAGACGUACAGGAAGGACCUGGAGCAGGAGGUGAAGGGGCGGGGCUUAUCCGGCAUUGGGCUGGAGGAAACACCUGAGCUGCUGAGGGUUAAAAAUGCCAAUCAGAUACUGAACGAGAAGGAGUACCGCAGGGAUUUAGAGAGGGAGAUCGUGGGUAAAGGCAUGGAGCUGAGCGCAGACGUCCUCGAGAUACAAAGAGCCACGAGAGCCUCAGAGAUCCAGAGCCAGAGGUCCUACAAGAAGCAGGUCAGAGAAAACUCAUACGGGACGGUUACAGAUACUCCUGAACUGCUGCACGCCUCCUACCUCAAAGACGUCUACAGCCAGAAGAAGUACAAGGACGAAGCCAAGCGUCUGAAGGGAAGCUACAGUCAGGUUUCAGAAACCCCAGAGAUGGAGAGAGUCAAAGCCAACCAGAGACACAUCAGCUCUCUGCGGUACUGCUGGGACUCCAAGCUGAUGAGAGGCCUGAUGUCUUCAGUCACAGAGACGCCAGAGAUCGUGCUCGCCAGAGAGAACGCCAAGAAGAUCAGCAAUGUCCAGUACAGAGAGGAAGUGGGUCGUGGCACCGCUGUCAUGGACACACCUGAGAUGGAGCGAGUCCGACGCAACCAGGAGAACAUCAGCUCAGUCAAGUACAAGCAGAGUGCAGUGAAGGCCUCCAGUGUCGGAGUGACUCCAGAACUGGAGAGAGUCAGACAGAACCAGGAGAACAUCAGCUCGGUGAGGUACCAGCGCGGGCUGCAGGAGAUGAGGGGGCGGAGCUGCUGCGAGCUGGACACACCUGAGUACAGGCGUGUCAGGAAGUCACAGGACUCGGUCUCCAUGGUAGCGGCCUGGUUGCAGUGGCUCCUGCCUUUGCUGAUAACAUGAGUGGCGUGGCACCAUGGGUGGGACUGACGCACCGCUACUAACAGCAACCAGCAGACAGCUCGGAGGACGGCUGUGUGUGUGUGUGUGUGUGUGUGUGUGUGUGCGCGUGUGUGUUGGAGGUCCUCAGGUGGACCUGAAUCCAGAGACUUUUGGGGACUCAAAGCUGCUUUCUGACAGGUUCAUUGGUUUUGUUUUGUAAAAUUUAGCGUGGAUGUAGUCAACAGAAAUAGAAAGUUAAACCUGAAAGUGUGUGGUCCAGCCAGCAUAAACAGGACGCUCUGCUGAACAGCAGUGUUGUGCUGGUUAAACUCUAUUUGACCUCUGACUGAUGGAUGUGGUCAGGCGUGUGCUUAAUAGCACCUGUAACCACAUCCAAUUAUCCUGGUCCCAGUCCACUGGAGCCUUUAAGACGAGUGGGUGGGAGUGAUGACUCAGCAGCAGAGGAGGAGAGAUGCCUCUUGGUUGCAGUGAGUAAGUCUGAUCAGAAGCUGUAUAACUCAGAUUGUUUUCGCCUGCAGUUUAUACUGUCAGUACAUUCAUACCCACACUGUUUACCAGUAACAAAAUCCAUGUCCGCCUGUGCUUACUGUUUUAAAUGAAAUUUGGAAUCUGCAGCAAAACAAGUUUUCAGACCAGAAGACCUGGAGAGGUACAAAGGCCUAAGAGCGUAUGCACGUGUGUGUGUGUGUGUGUGUGUGUUAAUAAUAAAAGAUUUAAAAAACA